AUGUCUCUAAUUUCUGUCCUCGUGGUCUUAGCUGUGUGUUCGAGGGUGUACGGUAAUCCACAGGGUUGUAGUUACGACUCCUCACAGCUCCUACACACAUGUAACGCCAGAGCUUGGUCCCUCCCUUUGGCCUUCGGAACAUUCUCGCCCCAGCCCCAGAGGAUUUUGUUGAGGGAAGUUGAUGGAGAGCUCCCAAACGGUACCCCGACCGGACCUACGUUUUCGGGAUUUUCCUCCAUCAGUACUGCGAGUUUUGAUUCCAAUUAUGCCCCGGAACUGAUCAUUAGAUGCACCUCUAACGGACAACUUAUCAUCACUCAAGCUGCCUUUGCGGACAUGGGUUGGGUAGAGGAGCUGACGAUUGAAGAUUGCGAUAUUUUAUCACUUCCUGUUCAAGUAUUUUCAAAUUUUGGGAAUUUGAACCGAUUUGCGAUUAUUGGAGGAUCAAUCGACGCUAUGGUUGGAGACAGCUUUACAGGGAUGAAUGUUGAAAAAAUGACCACGGUACCGGACCCCCGGGGAGAAUUUGUUAUUAAGAACAGUCGCCUAGUUUCAGGAGGAUUUGCUUUUGGUGCCCUUUUUUCACAAUCAAAUGUAACUAGUGUUAUAAUCGAAAAUGCCAACCUAAAAUCUAUUCAAACAGAUAUGUUCUACGCUCUUCAGAAGAUGACAUAUCUUUCUUUGAGCAAUAACCCCUUCACAUAUCUCCCAACGGACUUGUUCAAAGGCAUCAACUCCCUAACGACUGUUGAACUAUACGGCAUCCCCUGGGCAUGCACUUGCACCAAUAUCUGGCCCCCAUCCUGGCUAGAGAGCAACAACAUAACCAUGAACGGAGACGCCGUCUGUGGAUCUCCUACAGCAUAUGAAAAUGUAAAAAUGUCCUUAUAUGAUAAAGAACAGUGCCCACAACCAGAUGCAUGUGAAAAAGCUGGUCAAACAGGAUUUGUUGUGGGUAGCAUAUGUAUGACGAUUUUGGAUAUCGUGAAUUACGCUCUGUUGUUCGCCACGUUCGUCCUAUCCCUUGUGGCGUUGGGGUUGGUCAUCCACACCAAGCGACAAGUAGGUAGUGCCAAGGACUCUAAACAGAAAGGCAAACCUAACGCCAAAGGUUCAGGGCUCAGGCGCUCUAGUACCAGCUGGAAUAAGGUCGACGAUGCUCAGAAUGUUCCGACCUAG